CAUGAAUCAAAAAUGGUUUUAUCUUUUUAAUUUCUCCUCAUCUUUCAAAUUUUUUGAGGGCUUUUGUUUUCCUUUCUUUUGUUGAUCAAUAGAGCAUUGGAUGCUUCCCACUACUUUACUGACGGGCAAGCGCCGUUAUGAUAUUCGAUAUGCAUCCAAGAUUGAAACGGUGGAAGAUUUGAUUCGUGCCAUAUCGAUGCUGUUGCCAGGUCGAUUUGAAGACAGUGAGUUCUGUUCGCAAACCAUUAUUGCGGCUCUGAACCUGGUGUCUUUGUAUCACACGCAAUUGCUCGUACGGGCGGCGACCAAGGCGGGACUGAAGGAAAAAUUGGAAGCCGAGAAUGAAGACGGACCUCGGUUUGCUUUCAAUGCGUUUAUUCAGCGUCAUUAUCAGGGCCGCGGGCUGAAACGAUUCGCGGCGGUAGGCCUCAGUCUGAUAUCUUACACAGAGGUCUUGUUGGAAAUGAUGGCCAGUCGCUGGUGGCCUAAAUUGACCAAAUGGCGAUGGAUUGUCGGCAUUGAGGCUGUCAAAGUCUUGUUACGGCUGGGACUAUUCUAUGGUACACAUCGACGCAUGAUAUUGCAUCCGACUCACUUGGUGCGCAAUGUGGAUCCAUCGACCUUUACUGCUUCCACCACCGAUAAAUUUGAAUUAGCGACCUUGGAUCCACGCAUCGGCACGCCCUCCACGGCCAAUCCUUCUUUACUCUUGACCGCCAAAGACGCCACCAAGACACCACUCCCACGCAAAGGAUGGGCCCACUUGGCCGAAAUCGUCUGGAUCAUCCGACCAUUGGUAUUUGUCACCCUUAUUUAUAUCCGCCUACGACGGCGCCACAGAUCCCCACUUCAGCGAGAGAAGAAUGCAGAGGAUGAGGAAGAGGAGUGUCUGCAGACGUCCGAUACCAUGGGCUGGAAACCGUGGCUCUUGUCGCUGGGCAUGGAUUUACUCGCGCGCACCGCACGUCACAUGCAGCCCAUGACUUCAUUGGAAAAAGACGAAUCGCGUCGUAGAGAUUAUUUACUCCUUUACUAUCUGCUGAGAGGACCUUUUUAUCUCUAUUUCACAAAACCGCUGCUGGACACCUUUUGUAGUACGACGGAGCAUCGACCUGUCAUUUCCAUCAUUACAUCGGCUUUGAAUGAUUAUCGAUCUUUCUGGGAACAAUAUUAUUUUUACACUGCCGGAUCAUGAAAGCCUCUACUAUCUGGUUGGUUACCUUGCAUUCUUUUUUUCUUUCAUUCCACACUGCAUUCACCGAAAAGAAAUAAAAACCUUAAUUUAUGUUCAUGAGA